AUGUCCAAGUUUGUCAUCAAGGUUGAAACCACUCCACCCACCCUCAUUGUCUCCACGAGCACCAUAAAGUGUAUGGUGCUUAUAAGCCACGAGCCUUAUAAUCACUACCGCUUACCCUGCCACCACCUGCAUGACCCCAACUACCACCAAGAGACUCACCUCUGCCAUGAUCUCUCCUCCCAUGACCAUUACCACUCUGGGGAAGACUCUCACAGCCAUGGCCCUCCUCUCUUCCUCUGUCCCAACCACGCACACAACCUUCCAUAUGCCCACAUCCUCUACAACUGGAAGCACGACCACAUCAGCAAUAACCCCAUCUCCCACCACUGGUACCCCGAGAAUGUUGGUAACACCCACCCCCACAAUAUCACACAGUACAUCUUGUGUUUCUCCUACACUUUCCCUACUCUGAGUACAUCUACAAACGCGCUAACUACUUCUUUCGGUACUACUAUUUCCUUUUCAAUAUCCACAACAAUAAUGUCCUCUUCCCUAUCCUCCGCCAGUGUAAAUUCAAUGCUCAUGACCACCCCUAACUCUCUCCCUACAUUCUCACCUCUCUCUGGCAUGGAAAAUACAGGGACUUCUGUCACUGCUUUCACUACUCUUUUUUCAUCCAAAACUACAAGAACUUCUCCAACUAUGUCUUCUCUAAAGACCUUUGCGACUGAAACAACCACCACUUGUUUUAUUUCUUCUACUACCCCAUGUCCAGAAUCUAUAUCAGUUACGAUAGUGCCUGCCUCUCCCACUACUUCAUGUAUGGAAAUGGGUCCAAGUAGUGAAGUUACCUCGAUGCCUAACAUCCCAAUGUUAGUGUUCACCUCUACUACUGAGAUGGCUACCUCCCCUAGUUCCACCAGUAUGACAACUGUGUUUCGUAGGCAUACGGACACUUCUGCUUCCGUUCUGGAAACUCAUCCUACCAACAGCAUAAUGGAUGCUCCUAGUUCUAUCAGCACUGGGACUGUCCCCAGUUACACGGUUUUGAUAAGCACUCGAAGACCCACCAGUGGAAGCUGGAUGAGCACCAAUUCUGUAACCGUCCCACAUAUGCCUGGCUUCAUGAGCCUCCCACUGACCAUGAAACCAAGCAGCAGGUUUCCAACUGCCAUGGUGACUUCAAUCAAGUUGACUCACUCCACCCCACCCACCAUCAAGAUUCCAGAAACACCGGUAGUCAUCUCUCAGACUACCACCACCCUUAUGUCACCCAGGGCAACUUCAACCACUACUCAGAUGACCACACAGUCUAGACUGACUACUUGCCCAGGCAACUGUGACCAUGGUGGCACCUGGAUGCAAGGCCUAUGCCACUGCCCUUUGAGGUUCUCUGGGGACCACUGUGAGCUCCAGGAGAUCAGGUGCCAGAAUGGAGGUAAAUGGGAUGGCCUCAAGUGCCACUUCCCUAGCAUCUUCCAUGUACUGUUGGAGUUUGUGGUGGAAGAGGUGGAUCUGGACACUGUGGGUGCUGAAGGGGAUAUGGAGGUGUCUGUUGACCAGGAGAUCUCCCCUGACCUCAAUGACAACACUUCCAAGGCCUAUGAGGAUUUCAGCGACACCUUCUGGGAUCAGAUGCAGAAGAUUUACCAAAAUGUGCAAGGAUUCAAGGAUGUGGAGAUCCUGUCCCUGAGGAAUGGCAGCAUUGUGGUGCCCUUUAGCCUCCAGCUGGAGAGCGAGUAUGAGAAGGUGAAGACAGUCUUGAAGGAGGAGCUCCAGAAUGUCAGCCACAAUGGGGACAGCUGCCAGAGUGAGUAGACCCUGUGUUUUGGGCCUGACUUCAUCAAGGUGACCAACGACACCAGGAAGGAGCUGACCCUAGAAGCCAUCUGUCGCCGGGCCACUGCCAAAGGCUAUGAGGAUUUCUUUUUCCCCUCGGUGGAGGAGAACCGGCUCUGCUGCGUCACCAAAUGCACGUCGGGCGUGGAUGGCGCCAUCGACUGUCACCAAGGCCAGUGCUUUGUGGAGAGGAGCGGUCCCGCUCGCUCGCUGGUGAGACCCUGAGCACCCG